CAUCACAGUUGGAGUAGAAGAAACCCUACGGAUCGAGAACUUUGUGUCUGUGAUUUGUUGAAGUUGAUAGAAUGGUUCAGAUGAAUGCGGAGCCUGAGUACGCGACAGCUAAAAUAGCGGUGUGGUGGGACAUGAAGGGCUGUCCGAUUCCCCGCGAGGGUUAUGAUGCUCGUCAGGUCCGUCCGAGCAUAGAAGGGGCGUUGAAGGAACUAGGCUACUCGGGUCCUGUCUCCAUCACCGGGUAUGGCGACCAAAGACAAACCCCUUAUCACAUCCUGAAAGGGCUCUCUUCCACCGGAGUCGGUCUUGCACACAUCAAACCCGAAAGCAUAUACUCACUCAUGUAUUCGAAUAUGCUGGAGUGGCGAGAUGAUAAUCCUCCUCCGGCUUCAAUGAUGCUCAUAUCCGACCAGUGGCGAGAAGUCUUCUCUUGGGAUCUGGCCCGUCUACAACAGCAGACGAAAUACGACUUUUUUCUGGUUUAUCCAUCAAGGACUCGCGCAUGCUCGGCGCUGGCUACUUGGGGAGAGUGGACCUGGGAAAGCUUACUUGAGCCCAAAAGUGCACUUGUUGAGGACAACUGCAGUAGUGAAUUACCUUCUGCCAAGUUUUAUUGCAAAUCGUGCUGUUUCGAGUGCCAUACCCUGAAGGGUUUCAGGACUCAUCUCUCGAGAAGAAAGCAUGCUGUGCAAGAGGUUAUGAACCCUAUACAUCCAGAUCUUGACGAAGUAACGAGGAGAUGGGGAAAGAACUAUGCUGCGAAGCCUGAAUACGCGACAGCUCAAAUAGCGGUGUGGUGGGACAUGAUAGACUGUCCGAUUCCCGAGGGUUAUGAUGCUCGUCAAGUCCGUCGGAGUAUGGAAGUGGCUUUCAAGAAACUAGGCUACUCUGGUCCUGUCUCCAUCACUGCCUUCGGCGACCACAAACAAACCCCUGAUCACAUCCUGCGAGGGCUCUCUUCCACUGGAGUCGCUCUUGCACAUACCACUCCCAGAAUCCAAUACAACCGCAUCUUUGCAGAUUUGAUGACGUGGCAAAAACAUAAUCCUCCUCCGGCUACAAUUAUGAUCAUAUCCUCCCCCGAUGCUGUGGAGAUGGUGUUCUCAGAUUGUCUUGCCGAGGUACAACAAUGGACGAAAUACAACCUUUUUCUGGCUUAUUCAUAUAGGCCUUACAAAAUGUCAGCCCUGCUCACUUCUGCAGAGUGGCUUUGGGAAAGCUUACUUGCAGAGACACAAAGACGCGUUCUUCAGAAGUGCAGUGUUCUUCAGAAGUGCAGUGAAGGGGGUGAAUCUACCAAAAUGUUUUAUUGCCAAUGCUGCUUUUGUGAGUGCGAAAGCCUUGAAAAUUUCAGGAAGCAUCUCUCGAGCGAAAAACAUGCAAGCAAUGAGGGUGUUGAUGUUCCUGGGGGUAUUAGUUUGAACCACUACUAUCAUAGGCUACAUCUCAAGGCCAAAGUACUAGAAAGUUUUCCAAAGACCGUACGUACGAGGAAAGCAUACCGGACGGGAUUUGGCCAUCUUCAUAAUCAUUUACGUCUUACUUAUCGUUGAGCUCGACGUAGGCCUUGAAUAUUUCAAACCUGCAAUAAAGAGAUUCAAACCUGCAAG